AUGAUGAUCGAAGGUAGGUUCCAUUGGGUCCAUGAUCCGCAGUUCUAUGCGAACAAGUCCUCGGAGGAGGUUGCACGCCUGCAGGCGGGAAUGCGGUCAGCGGAGGGCAUGCAGAGUAUCCGCGAGGCCCUCGCAGAAGCAGUGGGCUUCGGCUUGGUGGCCAGCGACAUCGAGCUCCGCUUUGAGUCGCCGAGUGGGUUGCUACUGACACAGGUGCAGGGGACAGCCGAUGCAAUCUGCGUCUUCACGUUUCAAUGCCCGCCUGGAGCCAGCCCAGAAGAGGUGACGGGCUCCAUGAGCAAGAUUACAGCCCAGAGCUUCCUGAACAUUUUAAUUCCCAAAGUCGGACAGUUGGGAUCGCAGCCCUUUGCUUUCACGGCCACCUUCUUCAUGGGAGCCACGCCCGUGAACUCAACCUUGGCUCCGACCUCCACCAAUGCCCCGACCAGCUCCAUGCCCAUCUCCAGCCCCAUGCCCAUCUCCAGCUCCUACGUUCCUGCGACCACCACGGAGCCACCCCUGGACUUCCAUCCUUGCAAGUCCCUGGAUGACUACCAGCCGGAUGCGAAGAUGAGUGAAUACGGCUGGUGUGAAGGCAGCCAGCCCAACAUGACGGAGCAGCAGUGCCUGGAUGGCGGCUGCAAAGCCUAUGGCUACCCCGACCAUCCCUACUGUUCCUGCAGCACGGAGGAGGCGUGUGCGACUCUGGGCUUCGAAUGGAAGUACCACACCUGCAAGGAUGAGAUGCGCAUGUAUCAGUCGAGCAGCGACUACCUCGGCUUCUUCAAGCAGGCCAUGGACAAUGGCACCUGUGACGGUAUCGUCACUACCUGGCACGUGAGCCUUGCUGAGUCCAUGGAGUGGCCCGCCAGAAAGUGUUGCGCAUCCUGGCCGCAGACGUUUUGCGAGCCCGACGCCAAAGUGCCUUCGCCCUGCAAGGAUGCAAGCGACUUCCUGCCCGACAAAGUGACAGGUCAAGGCAUCUCGUGCAUGGACUACGUGAAGCAGUGGUGGUCGGAGUACUGGCUCCUGAAGAAUGCGUCAGCCGCAGGAAGCUGUGAUGGUAUGGAUCUGCCAUGGGCCGAGUCGCUGAAGGACUGGGUAGUGCACCCUGCGAAAGAGUGCUGCGCCUCCUUCCCUGCAACGAUCUGUGACAAAGAUGCCUCCUUCAUGACGCCCUGCCGGAGCCCCGAGGAGUUCGCCCCGGAGAAGGUCCUCUAUGAGCACUGCGACACGCACCACUCUGGGACUGUGGACAACGUGUCCUGCCAAACCUCCGGGUGCUCCUGGCACGAGGCGCACCAUUGGUGCGAAUGCCGGGAUGAGGCCACGUGCGGGGCUGCAGGCGGCCGAUGGCAUACCCAGACCUGCAAGAAAGAGACGGAGCAAUGGGACCUCAGGAUGCAUGCUGCUCUUCAGGAGGCCAUCGAGGAUGGAGGCUGCGCGGACCUCGACUACGAUGGCGAUGUCGAGGCCCACAUCUCAUGGCCGGCCAAGAAAUGCUGCAGCUCCUUUCCGGCCACGGUCUGUCAGCCCACGGCAAAGCGGAUGACGCCGUGCAAGGACGAGGGAGACUUCAUGGCUGGGAAUGUGCUGAGCCAGUGGUGCGACUGGGGCGCACAGGUUCCCAAUGCCAGCACCUGCCGGAGCCACAAGGGCUGCCAUGGGGAUGCCAACUACUGCCACUGCGAGGAGGAGAGCUCCUGCCUGGCCUUGGGCGGGCGGUUUAUGUCCCGCACCUGCGGGGAGGACCUCUCGGAGCAGGAGGCCGCGUAUCACGAGGCCCUGGAGGCCGGGUCCGGCCGCUGCUCCGAUGUCAGCUACCACGGGACCACCGUGGAGGACCUCAUCUCCUGGAGCAGCCGGAAGUGCUGCGCCUCCUACCCGGCCAACGUCUGCCACAAGGACCUGCAGGCGAUGACGCCCUGCAAGGAUGCGGCGGACUUCUUGCCCUCCAACAUCCUCAACGAGUGGUGCGAGCUGCACGGCCACAUCCCCGCCACCUGCGCCACGACACCGGGCUGCCAUGCCUCGGAGCACCACUGCCACUGCGGCACGGCCGAGUCCUGUGCUGCGGUUGGGGGGUCCUGGACCCAGCGCACCUGCGAAGUGGAGGUCGGGGAGUUCUGGGAUUCCCAGACGCACCUGCAUGUGCAGAUGGCCGCUUCGGAUGGCUGCGAGGAUGUGGACUUGAGAGGCCAGUCGAUGAAAGACAUGCUGCGCUAUCCGGCCUCCAAGUGCUGCGCCUCCUACCCGGCCUCUGUUUGCGAUCCGACGGCAAAGAAGAUGACGCCCUGUAAGGACGAGGCCGACUUUAUGCCGGCCCAGCCCCUGCACGAGUGGUGCGACUUCCAUGGCUCCUACCCGGACGAGGACACGUGCCGGGCUCACGGCUGCAACGCCUACAGUGAUGGAUGCAGUUGCGACACAUCGGAGAAGUGCUUGGCCGUAGGUGCCGAAUGGAAGGUGAGCACUUGCGAGACCGACAUUGGCCACUGGAGUCCCGAGCAGCACAGGGCCCUACAGGAGGCGCGCCAGAAUGGCACCUGCGGGGUGCACACAAUGUUUGGCGACCUGACCGGCAUGAUUAACUACCCCGCUGAGAAGUGCUGUGCCUCCUUUCCAGCCACGCUCUGCGACCCGACCGCCCGGCUCAUGACCCCUUGCAAGGACGACGCCGACUAUACUCCAGACAAGGAGAUGUGGGCCCACUGUGACUUUUGGCGGGACGGCGCCGUCAUGCCCAGCGAGGCCGUGUGCAACGACCAAGAAGGCUGCUACGGCGGUCAGGGCUGGUGCCACUGCGAGGGCAAGACGAGCUGCGAGGCCGUGGGCGGCUUCUGGAACGCGCACACCUGCGCCAUGGAGGUGUCGCAGUGGAGGCCCGAGCAGCACAAGGUGCUGCAGAAGGCGGACGAGCAAGGUACAUGCCUCGACCUAGAGGUCAACGGAAUGCGGGCACAGGAUAUGGUAAAUUGGCCCGCGCAGAUGUGCUGCAUGUCCUUCCCGGCGAGCGUCUGCGACAAAGAGCUUAAGGCCACGACGCCUUGCCUGCACGAUCAGGAGUUCCAGAACAACAAGACGCAGUGGGCCUGGUGUGAUGGGCUCUACCCAACGCCCCCGGAGGCAGACUGUCACGCGCAGGGCUGCACCGGCAACGAGCACUACUGUCACUGCGAGACUGAAACUGCCUGCGUCGCCCUAGGUGGUAACUGGAAGGAGCACCAGUGCUGGCAGGAUUUGCAGUGGAUGGCCGCCGAGGUGCACAAGGGCAUCGCCAAGGCUAUCCAUCAGGGCACCUGUGAGGACGUGGAGGCGUACCAUAGCAAGCUGGAGUAUGCCGUCGACUGGCUAGGCUCCAACUGCUGUCUCAGCGGCAUGUCCGUUUGCCAGGCACUUGCCGCGGGUGUGAGCCCUUACGAGAGUCCAUAUGAGAUGACUCGCUGA